CGCCGCCGGGCGCAGGGGAACCGUGCCGCGCUCCGGGGCUGGUGCCGUGGGCGCCGUCCUAGUGGCGAGGGCGCACCGCCGGGGGGACAUGCGAUCGGAGAAAUCCCUCACGCUGGCGGCGCCGGGGGAGGUCCGGGGGCCGGAGGGGGAGCAACAGGAUGCGGGAGACUUCCCGGAGACCGGUGGGGGCGGGGGCUGCUGUAGUAGCGAGAGGCUGGUGAUCAAUAUCUCCGGGCUGCGCUUUGAGACUCAGUUGCGCACCCUGUCGCUGUUCCCCGACACGCUGCUGGGGGACCCGGGCCGCCGCGUCCGCUUCUUCGACCCCCUGCGCAACGAGUACUUCUUCGACCGCAACCGGCCCAGCUUCGACGCCAUCCUGUACUACUACCAGUCGGGGGGGCGGCUGCGGAGGCCGGUCAACGUGCCCCUGGACAUCUUCCUGGAAGAGAUCCGCUUCUACCAGCUCGGGGAGGAGGCCCUGGCAGCCUUCCGGGAGGACGAGGGCUGCCUCCCCGAAGGUGGCGAGGACGAGAAGCCGCUGCCCUCCCAGCCCUUCCAGCGCCAGGUCUGGCUCCUCUUCGAGUACCCCGAGAGCUCCGGACCGGCCAGGGGCAUCGCCAUCGUCUCCGUGUUGGUCAUUCUCAUCUCCAUCGUCAUCUUUUGUCUGGAGACCCUUCCCCAGUUCCGCGCCGACGGUCGGGGAGGAAGCAAUGGUGAUGGUGCGAGCAGGGUCUCCCCGAUUUCCAGGGGGAGUCAGGAGGAAGAGGAAGACGAAGAUGAUCCCUACACUUUUCAUCCCGGCGUCUCCUCUGGAGGAAUGGUAGUUGGGGGCUCAUCCUCACUAAGCACUCUUGGGGGCUCCUUCUUUACUGACCCCUUCUUUUUGGUGGAGACUCUGUGCAUUGUUUGGUUCACUUUUGAACUCCUAGUGCGCUUCUCCGCCUGCCCCAGCAAACCGGCCUUCUUCCGAAACAUCAUGAACAUCAUUGACUUGGUGGCUAUCUUCCCUUACUUCAUCACCCUGGGCACCGAGCUGGUACAGCAGCAGGAGCAGCAGUCAGCCAGUGGAGGGGGCGGCCAGAACGGGCAGCAGGCCAUGUCGCUGGCCAUCCUCAGAGUGAUCCGUCUGGUGCGCGUGUUCCGCAUCUUCAAGCUCUCCCGCCACUCCAAGGGGCUGCAGAUCCUGGGCAAGACCUUGCAGGCUUCCAUGCGCGAGCUGGGCCUGCUCAUCUUCUUCCUCUUCAUCGGGGUCAUCCUCUUCUCCAGCGCCGUCUACUUUGCAGAGGCUGAUGAUGACGAGUCACUCUUUCCUAGCAUCCCAGAUGCCUUCUGGUGGGCAGUGGUUACAAUGACCACGGUAGGUUAUGGAGACAUGUACCCCAUGACAGUGGGGGGCAAGAUCGUGGGCUCGCUGUGCGCCAUCGCGGGGGUCCUCACCAUCGCCCUGCCGGUGCCGGUCAUCGUCUCCAACUUCAACUACUUCUACCACCGGGAGACAGAGCAGGAGGAACAAGGUCAGUACACCCAUGUCACUUGUGGGCAACCUGCACCGGAUCUGAAGGCAGCUGACAAUGGACUUGGCAAGCCUGAAUUAUCUGAGGCCACCCGGGAACGGAGACCCAGCUACCUUCCCACUCCACAUCGGGUGUAUGCAGAGAAAAGGAUGCUCACUGAGGUUUGAUUGACACAGGCAGGGCUUGCCCGAGAAGGAUGGCGCUGAGCAAACAAUCCCUUAGGCUUCCUUCUCAUUCUCUACUGUUCUCACCCUAGCACCAGUUGACAUCCUGACUCCCUCCCCUAUACCCAGUGGAUGGCAUCCAGGACCAAAUGCCUGAACUGUCAGCCUUGUUGCUCGAUCCCUGCAGCAUUCAAGGUUUAUCCAUCUAAAUGACAUUUUAGAAAUUCUAAUGGUGCCACCCAUUCAUGACCAUCUUCUGUCACUGGAUGUGAUUUCCAUCUGACCUUCCCUCAAGACUCUGAUUUUACAUGUCUGGGGCUUGUGAUGCUGCUAAGAACAGAGAGGUCAACAGGAUGGAAGCCGGGCAUACCUGGGUCUUGUUUCUUUCCUUAGUGUCCUUUGCCCUAGGACAGGCACCUGUCUUAGCUUUUGGCCACGUGGUAACUCCAGCAGAAGCUGGAGGACUGAAUCAGUGCUCAUCUUGCUGUUCCUUCCAGUGCCCGGUAACACCUGCUAGUCAUCCUGCAUCCCUCGGUUGACCCUUUAGUGCACAACCUCAAAAUACAUUACUCAUCUUUAACCCUGGAUGGAAUUAGAGAAAGUACAUAAACUUGGCCAUUUGGAGGACAUCAGGGGUCAUUCUUGUACCAAAGGGACCCGUGGAUUCGUCCAGGUGUGUUCCAGCACAACAGGUGUCAGUCUUUGGUCUACAUUUAGGCCUCUCCACUCUGACCCCCUGACUCUCUCUAGCUUCCAGGAAGGUUCCUUCUCAAAACCAAAUAGUCUUUUUGUGCAAGUGCCUUCCUGUGCAGAGGAACUGGAAAAACACAGAGGCACUGCUGAGCAGAGGCAAGCACCUGGCUGGAGCACAUAGCUGAAGACCUAUGCCCUCAGGCAUCUUUAUCUGGGAGGGGCAGAGGAAGCUUGUUGCAGAAGGCAAAUCCCCCUCCCCCCCCACCCCUUUUUCCCCAACCCUCUCUAGCCUCCUAGCCUCUACCCAUCUUUCUGGGAAUUUGACUUAGGAUUGCAGUGGAAGACUUUCUAGAGCCAGCUGCAGCUUAAGCCUGCAAACAGGGAAAAGCACACUUGGAUGCUAGCAUGGGUUUCCUCCUAUUUUAUGGGCAAUGAAAUAGGUGGUGUAGCGUCAGGAAGAAGCAUUAGUCCUUUUGCGAUGGCCUCAGUGUUAGACGCUUUUUUGCUGAGUCAAGCAAACGUUCUCCUGCUCUGUCCCAGGAGCUGCAGCACCCGGCUCUCACUGGCAAGGUAAUGUGCAGGUGUGCCCUCCCGACCAACCCAUCUUCCUCCAUCAUGAAACUGCUGCCUGCACCUUCCUGCCCUCUCCCCUCAUCUCCCCCCAGUAACAUUGUCAUUUGUUUGUUGCCUUGAUAAACUGUGACAUAAUGUUCUGAACUCUUCUCGGUGCAGUGCAGAAACCGAAAGGACUGUUAACAGGUUUUGAUUUUAUAUCUGUGCUUUAAAUCUCUUUGAUGAGGAUUUAACAAAAAUAUUUUCUCAAAGAGCAGGUUCUAAGGGAUGGCCUUUGGAGGGUGUUUUUGAGGGAUGCUGUGGCUCCUGUGAGUGCCAGAUCGACAUCUGGAUUUUGCCACAGCGUUACAGGGUAACUUUGGUGCCACAGUUCCUCUUUGUGCCUCAGUUUCCCCACCCAUUCAAUGGGAACAUUAAUGUCUUCCCCUCCCUACCUCACGGGGAUAUUGAUAAACUCAUCUGGGAAGCUGGGGAUGAUGCUAUGCAAAUGUGUGAGUUUUAGUCCUGGAUUUGAUCUUUAGUUCAUUCCUCUGUCUCCCCAUCUCCCAGAGGAAAGACCUCCCCUUACUAGAGUUCCUGCCUCAGAUCCAAAGCCCAAGAUUGGCCAUUCUGGGCCAUUUCUUUUUCCUUUAGCAAGGAAGAAGCUAUUUGGACAGUGGGAUCCUGCUGAGGCCAUCUUAAUUUGGGAGCCUGGCUUCUCCAAGCCGGAAUCGCAGUAGGAGCUAGGGGAGCUCAUGAUUCCAAAAACCUGCUCUGAGGCCAAAGUGUUGGUUUUCCCAAUUUCUUCAGUGACUCCUGGCUAUUUGGGGACAGGUGAAGGACACUCAGAGGCAAAGGGGAGGCUCCCAGCCCCGGGGAAGUGGUGGCACAGGUGGCGUGUAGCUCUGUGUUUGUGUGUGUGGUCAUCCUCAUCACCAACCCCGAUAAAGCAUUUCCUUUUCAAGUCAGAGCAUGUCUGAAAGUAAAGGGUUUGCGGAGAGCUGGGCUCUCCGGGGACUCUGGUUGCCGUAGCAACCUUCCAGACUGUUCUCUCUAUCUUCUGAUUUGGGCAGUAAAGGAGAACAGGAGACGACAUCUUCCCAGCUUCUGAAAUGGGAACACCUCCCACCUAUUGGUUUUGGGGCUCAUAGGACCAGGACGGGAAUGUGUGGCUUUCAGAAAAUGAGAGGGAAGCAGGUUCCCUAAACUUCUUCUUCCUGGGACCUCUCUUCCUGACUUGCCCACGCAGUCAUUGAAGCUGCCUCAUCUUACCCCUGAUUCUUCAGAAACUUGAAUGCUCUGUUAAAUCAGUUUAACCAAUGUCAAUGUUAUCUUUUUCAAAAUGAUGAGGGGAACUGGGAAGGGGACAUGUACUUCCAGAGGCCUCCAAGCUGGGCCUCGCCGAGAGUCAAGUGGUGUCUGUCCAUCCUAGUUCCAUGGAGCUUAUCCUCAGAGAGAGACUCCUCCCAGCUCCAGGACCCUGGGAGAGAGGAUGCUCCUUCCUUCCUGGAACAGUCGCCUCCUGGGAGGAAUCUCGUAGGAGAUUCUCCUUAAGACAUCGAAGACAAUCUGAGAGGCUGUGCCCUGGCCUAGUUUCUGUGAAGGAUUUUGCUAAAGCCAUCUCUCUCUGACUCUGAGCCUCUUCAUGUGGAUUUUGUGUCCCAAGCACUGCGAAAAUAGGAACCUGUGUUGCUGAGACAGCUGGGGUGGUGAUUUCCCAGCUGCCAGCACAGGCGGGGUUCACCUGACUCAAGCCAGCAGGAGCUCCCGAAGGUUUUCCUGGAUCUGUCAGGCUCACCUGAGACUCAGGAUGCCCUUCCGGCCCGCUCACCCCCCAGGAGAGAGGGACAGCUGGGCCGCGUGGCCUCUGAGGGUGAAGGCUGGCGCAGUGGUCAAGCGAGGACACACACGCAUACAUCGCUGGUGGUGGCUGGACAGAGAGGGCCGGACCCUCCACCUCAGGAGACAAGAUCUGGUUUUAUGCCUCUCCGAUGGCCUCCCCAGAGCCCUUCCCAAACUGGGAAGAGCUGAGACAGGACCUGCUGGCAUUAAAGAUGGGGCCCAGGACGUUGGGGUGAGGUUGUCAGCGGGAGGGGGAGAUCUGGUGAUGGGGGGAAAAGAGAUGAGGUUUGGGAGCUCAGAGGUCAAGGAGGCCAGAGGGCGCGUGGCUGUGCUGUGGACCCACCCAGGAGAGGGUGUCUGUGGGAGAUUAACAAAUAAAUAUGGCAGAGUCUUGGAGGCUGUGCGUUUUGCUGCAUGAAAAUGUCAACGGCUGAGUGAGGCAGAUGAGUCAACAGUCAUGACAAAAGCAGGUGAUCCUGAGGUUACUGUCUGCUUUGAUGCCCGGACCCUCCCAGCUUCUCUUCUUAUUAAAAAAGCCCAGUAGUUCUGGCAUCUUCUUAGAUGCCAUCUCCUGAGAGAGCUUCUAUUUCCCAAGCGAUGUCAAGCAUUCGUUUGUUCCUGCAUUCAACAACUGUGACAUUGAGCUUCCCCAUGUGCUCGGCCAAGAAUGAAUAAAGCCAAGAACCCAAGCCCACCCUUGUGAAGGUUCUGAUGGAAUAAGGCAAGCAAUUGAUACAGUAAAUAACUAAAAUAUAUUGUAUGCCAGUAAAGUGUAAAUGCAAUAGAGGAAAAUCAAGAAAGGAGGCUGCAGAAUAUGGCAGGCAUGGGGGGUUUGGGGUGAACUUAAAAGAGAGGAGGCAGGGGAAGACUGAUUUAGAAGGUAAUGCUUGUGUGAAGAGCAGAAGAGGUCAAAGAGUGAGCCAUGUGGAUACUGGGGGGAAACAUUCGAGGCAGAGGGAACAGUAAGUGCAAAGGUCCUGGGGUGGGAGCAUUGCCGCCAUAUUCUAGGAACUAGGAGGCCAGGGUGACUGGAGGGCAGUGAGCACGCAGGAAAGGACAGGGGAUGAUGCCCAAGUAGCUGGGAAGUGGAGGGUGGUGGCUGCUUAGCCAGGGCCCUACUGGUGCCUGAAAGUCCUUUGCUGGUUUCCUGAGUUGGUGGGGAGGCCAUUCCUCCAGGGUUCUGGGCAGAUAAGUGAUAUGACGGGACUUCAGUUUUAACAAGAUUAACAGUUAGACUGUUUGAAUAAUCUAGGUGAGAGCAGAUGGUGGUUUGGGCCAAGCUGUCAACAGUGGGAUGGUGAGCAGUGGACAGAUUCUGGUUAAUUUUGAAGAGAGAGUCAGCAGGAGGGGUGGGGUGUGGGUAUGACAGGAGUGAAGGCAAGGGUUCCUCUAAGCCAAUGAGUUGGAGGGGCAUGUGGAGGAAAGGAAAAGCUGGGAGGCAUGACAACAGAGACCCUGUGCCCUCCCUCCCAGAAACUGGUCUGUGGGAUGCACCUCACUUAGCUAAGCAGGACUUGCCGCCAGCUCAGCUACUCCCCUGUUCAGGCAGCCCCAGCCCCACUCCCGCUUUGGAGGAAGCCAGUGGAGAGUGACAGCUCUUGUCCUCCUGCCUGCUGUCGUCCUGACCCUCCACCCCCACUCCGUCUAGGACGGGCUACAUCUGAGUUUCUGUGAUUCAUCCCCAGUCUCACACUCUUCUCCCUCUGCACCACAUCCACCCCCUGAUAUAUUCCCUCUGCAAGUUCCUCACCUCCCCCCUCAAGUUAGAGCAGAGCAAGUCUGCUGCUCAGCCCCGUGGCAGAUACAGAGCAAAGUGCCCAGAGAGCUCUGUAGGACCCUCUGACCAGGCCCUGCAGGCCAAGUCCACGGCGACAGUGCAGUGAAGAGAAGGCACCACGAGGAUUCCCUUUCCACGCAGCCCACGCCUAGGAGCUACGACUGGUCCUCACUUCCCAGCUGGGAAAUGAUAGGGGCGGUUUUGUCACAUCCCAAGGGAAGCCAAAUGAGAUUGGGAAGCAAAGGCCCAGAGACUCUGGGCUGGGGACAACGGGAAGGAAAAGGUGGGGGCGUGGAAUGCACCAGCAGAGCCCAGAAGCAGUCUGGGAAAAGAAAUGCCAGGGAGAGG